CACAAUCAAUCUCCUGAAAUGACCUCUACUAUACCUUCUUUCCUCUCAAGCAAUGGAUUAUCAUCUACAUCUAGGGCCAAAGCCCAUGCGGCCUAUCCUCAAGUCAUUUCCAGAAGCUUCCGUGAUGAAGUUGCAGAUAGAUCUUUGAAGGGUGUAGAGGCAAAGUCGAGUAUCCUAAGGCAAAGAAUAGAGCUAAUAGGGAGCAAAGAAAAGUUGGAAAGAUGUUACAAGUUCCAACAGGCCGGGUGGAAUUACUUAUCAGAAUACAAUGACAAACACAAGAGAGAUAAGUUGGUGUUGGAGUCAUUUGAAGUUGCAGGUUUGGUUGGGUGGAAUCUAAGCCUGGUUUUCCUUAGUGGUUCUUUCUGCAUUUUUCUUGUCUCUUUUCUUGCUCAUAUACAUGCAUGAUCUGUAACCAAAAAAAAAAAAAAAAAAAAAA